AGCCACUGUGGUCAUAUUGCCGGCGGCGUCACUUGCCAAUAUUUUUCGCGUUUAUUUUCUGCAAUCAAACGACUGAAAGAAACAGGAUAAGAAAAGAAUAUGGCUGCAGCUAUCGAUGGCGUUCUUCCGUCCACUUUGCAGGAGUUGGUGAAGAAGUCAAAAGUUCUAGUCGUGGGAGCCGGCGGAAUCGGUUGCGAGGUGUUGAAAAACCUUGUGCUCAGCGGCUUCACAGAUAUUGAAAUUAUUGACCUGGACACCAUAGAUUUAAGCAACCUCAAUCGGCAGUUCCUGUUUCAUCGCGAGCACGUGGGCAAGUCGAAGGCCCGUGUGGCAAGGGAGAGCGCCCUGAGCUUCAAUCCGGAUGCCAAAAUAACCGCUUACCAUGAUAGUGUGACAUCAACCGACUACGGAGUCAACUUCUACAAGAAGUUUGAUGUGGUGCUCAGUGCUUUGGACAAUCGGGCUGCCCGAAUCCAUGUAAAUCGCAUGUGUCUGAAUGCCGACGUCCCUCUGAUCGAGAGCGGCACCGCCGGCUACAGCGGACAGGUGGAGCUUAUCAAACGCGGUCUCACGCAGUGCUAUGAGUGCACGCCCAAAGAGAAGCAGCGUAGCUUUCCAGGCUGCACUAUCCGCAAUACGCCCUCGGAGCCGAUUCACUGCAUCGUCUGGGCCAAGCAUCUGUUUAAUCAACUCUUUGGCGAGUCUCUGGAUGAUGAGGAUAUUUCGCCCGAUGCAGCUGAUCCAGAUGCCCAGGAUGCGGCAGUGAGUGCAGACAGUGAUGGAGCUGGUGGAGAUGCUACGCCAAAAGAGCUCGAUAAGGAAGCCGAGGAGAAGCCCAAGGACGGCAAGGAUGAUGUUACGGACAAUGGCAACGUUGUGCGCAUUAACACCCGUCAGUGGGCCAAGGAUUGCAAUUAUGAUGCUGGCACCCUGUUCAAUAAGUUCUUCAACGAGGACAUCAACUGCUUGCUGCUAAUGGGGAAUCUCUGGCUGAAACGUAGGGCGCCCGUACCUGUACAAUGGGAUACACUGCUGCCCGAAGGCAAGUCCGAUGACAACCCGGAGAUUGCCAAGCAGCAUCACAAGGUCUGGAGCCUUGAGGAGUGUGCAUCCGUUUUUGCCAGUGCUCUCAAGGAGCUGAGUGCUAGUUUCCUUAAGCUGGAGGGUGAUGAUACCUUAUCCUGGGACAAGGAUGACCAGCCUGCCAUGGACUUUGUGGCAGCAUGCGCCAACGUGCGCUCAUACAUCUUCAAUAUUGAGCGCAAGUCACGCUUCGAGAUCAAGUCGAUGGCGGGCAAUAUCAUUCCGGCUAUAGCCACUACCAAUGCAAUCACUGCUGGCAUUUCCGUUCUGCGCGCCUUCAACGUUUUGGAGGCCAAGUGGACUCAGUGCAUUACCGUCUACGCACGCCUUAGGCUGAAUCCGCGUAACCAGUUCCUGGUGCCAGAUGCCUCCCUUCCGGGUCCCAAUCCCGACUGCUCGGUGUGUUCCAAGGAUCCGGCUAUUACCCUGAAGAUUGAUACGAAGCGCAUGACCAUCCGGGACCUGCGCGACGAGGUUCUGAUCAAGACGCUCAACAUGGUGAAGCCUGAUGUGGAGGUACCUCUAACUAGCACCGUUUUGCUCUCCUCGGAGGAAGGCGAGACCGAUGACAUCGAGGGCAAGCUCUUGAGCGAGAUGAACAUCGUUGAUGGUGUGAUCCUUAAGGCCGACGACUUCUUCCAGAACUACGAACUGAGGAUUAUAAUCUCCCACUUCGAUGCAGAGAGGGAGGAUAACCUGUUCGAAGUGGUGGCACAGGCCAAACAACUGCAGCCCAAAGAAGAGGAGCAGAGCAAGGAAAAGGUGGAGGAGAAGAAGGAAGAUUCAGAGAAAUCUGCAAAGAAGCGUUCGGCCAAUGGUGGGGGUGAUGCCCCAGACGAGGGACCCUCGACAUCCAAGCGUAGCAAGCCAGCCGAUGUGGAUGUGGUUGAGGACGACGACGACGACUGCCUGUUGAUCGAAGAGGACGAGGAUGAGGCAGACACAGUGGCAGUCGCCACAGACAAGCUAUCGGUGCAGAGUCCACCAAAGGUCGGCACAAAACGCAAGCCCAGCGAGGUGAUUGAAGAUAACGAUGAGGACAUCACCGAGAUUAUGGAUUCCUCCGACGAGGAGCUAGCGGGACCCACCAAGUGCAAGCGAACCCGUUUGGAUGAGUCUCUGUCCCAACCCGUAGAAGUCAUCAAUAUCGAUUAAUCACAUAAAAAAAAACGGAAGAAACUACUUGGAUAAAAUCUCAACUAAACUCUAAAGUGGCCCAAUAUCUUGUAAUGAAUACAAAUGUACAUUUGCAACUAUUUAACACGCUCACUUUGAAAUUGAGUCGAAUAAUAAAUAGUUACUGGAUCCGCUCAAGUGAAAUGAAUAAAAUUAAAAACAAUUUA